AUGGAGGGGGUGAGGACAGGGGGGGGUGUGGUUGAUGGAGGGGGUGAGGACAGGGGGGUGUGGUUGAUGGAGGGGGGGGGUGUGGUUGAUGGAGGGGGUGAGGACAGGGGGGUGUGGUUGAUGGAGGGGGUGAGGACGGGGGGUGUGGUUGAUGGAGGGGGUGAGGACAGGGGGGUGUGGUUGAUGGAGGGGGGGGGUGUGGUUGAUGGAGGGGGUGAGGACAGGGGGGUGUGGUUGAUGGAGGGGGUGAGGACAGGGGGGUGUGGUUGA